AUGUUAGCAAGAGUGGCUCGCAGGCUAUUAUCGUUCACCCCGGAAGAGAAACUCGUUUACGAGAAGCUGACCAAACAGCUUAAGCCUCAGCAGAUCGAAGUACGAGACAUCAGCGGGGGAUGCGGAUCAAUGUUCGCCAUAGACAUUACAAGCGAAAAGUUCAAGGGAUUGUCUAUGGUAAAGCAACAUAAACUCGUUAACAAAGUCUUGCAGGACGAUAUUAAGAGGUGGCAUGGUCUGCAGUUGCGGACACGCAGCGAAUGA